AUCUGACGGGACAGAAAGACAGGCAGUGUGAACCAGAGACGGGCUGACGACCCUGAGCACACGGGCUUUACUGGAAAUGAGCGGCUGAUUUCCCCGUUGAACUCGGUUUAAAAAAAUUCGUAUUAUAUGUUAACAGUAAGCCUAGUCCUAAUGUUGAAUUGCGCAUCCAGUAGUUAGGUUAUUACUUGGUUGGAGUGAGUAUCGGCGGGACGUUUUGAAGAGUAUGGACCACAACGCACACCACACGCAUAUCGGCUGUGUGAACAUCGGCACCCUGACGAGCACCCUGCCGGUGAUCCCUUAUCAGAAGCUGACUGAUCUACACUACCUCAGCAAAGGAGGCUUCGGCACUGUGUUCAAGGCUCAGCACUCGGACUGGCGAACCUCUGUAGCCAUCAAGUGCCUGAAAAUCGACUCUCCAGUUGGCGAAAGGGAGAGAAAUAGCUUGCUGAAGGAGGCUGAGGUACUCCACAAAGCCAGGUUCAACUACAUCAUCCAGAUCUACGGUGUGUGCAACGAGCCAGAGUUCUUCUGUAUCGUUACAGAGUACAUGUGCAAUGGUUCUUUGGACCGCCUGCUCCACGAGAAAGACUCGUAUCCCCAUCUCCACUGGCCCCUGCGGCUGAGGAUCCUUUACCAGAUCGCGCUCGGGGUCAACUUCCUCCAUAAAAUGACCCCGCCACUGCUGCAUCACGACCUCAAGACACAGAAUAUCCUGCUGGACGGGGAAUUUCACGUCAAGAUUGCAGACUUUGGCCUGUCCAAAUGGCGGCAGUUGUCCAUCAGUAAAGGUUCUGGGUCCAAACCUACAGAGAUAGGGGGCACCAUCAUCUACAUGCCCCCCGAGGAGUACCAUCCCAACAGGAUCCGCAAGACGGACGUCAAGUAUGACAUGUACAGCUACGCCAUCAUCAUGUGGGAAGUGCUGUCCAGGCAGAUUCCGUUUGAAGACACGAUCAACCCCAUGCAGAUUAUGUUCUGCGUGAUAAACGGGACCCGCCCUGACACGGGUGCAGGCAGUUUGCCGGCCGACACCCCAAGUAGAGAGACCUUGGUCCGCCUCAUGACCUGCGGCUGGGCGGGCGAGCCUGACGACCGGCCCACCUUACUUCAGUGCUUGAUGGAGCUGGAGCCCAUGCUGAGGAGAUAUGACGACAUUGACUUCCUAGAGGCCGUCUUUGAAAUCAAGAAGUCAAAGAGGAGGAGUGUGAGCUGCUCUCCGGGCCAGGCAGUCUGCCAGAAGGAGGCACAGAUAUCCAUGGACUCUCUGAAGGAAAGCCCCAGGCCUUGGCCGGAAUCCUCCACCUCCUCAGGCUCCGCCUCCUCUCAGGAAACUGACAUAUCUCAGCCAGGGCUCCUCACCAGCAUCGACGCCCCUCCAACUUUGGACCCCACUUCAGACGGAGUUCAGGCGUCAUUCCUAUGCCAGUCCCUGGAACGUCCGGCACCCCUGAGGGACCUAAGCCCCGACCAGGACAUGAACUGUCCCCACGCCACGCCCACAAGGCCCAUGAAGGACCCCGGCCAUGCCUACUGCCACGGGGGCGUCGCCAUGUGUGAGACCCUCAAACAACAGACAACGGACGACUUCCUCGUCAUGCCCAUCGUACAAUUGCAGGAACAAGGGGCUCCAGACCCGGCAUUGGUUCACCAAGCAACAAGCAAUCCCUCGGGGCCCCAGCAGGGCCCGGUGGGCCGCUGGAUGACAUCUCGCCGCGAGGAGAUCGUGCAGAACAUGACGGAGGCUUGCCUGAACCAAAGCCUUGAUGCCCUUCUGGCCCGCAGCCUCCUGAUGCGCGAGGACUAUGAGCUUGUGCUGAACCAGCCCACGCGCACGGCCAAGGUACGUCAGCUGCUGGACACCGCCCACCGGCACAGCGAGGACUGCUGCCGCCUGGUAGUGCACACUUUGUACAGGAACAAGCAGAAUAGACUGCAGCCAUACCCAGCCGUGAUCGUGUCCCCGGUGACGCCGGGGCCCAGCGCCCCGCUGCUCUCCCUUGGUGACACCGGCCCCGAGAGGAGGUAGCAGCAGCAGCAAAAGAAGAUCAGCAGGGCUGCCUUGAAGUGGACUGAUGGGGCAGCUCAUGAAGGGAGCUUCCACAAAAAUGGGUCAAAUAAGGAGACUUCUGGGAUUCUGGCGGACAUCU